AUGCAUCAGUCUCACUUGAUAGUCGAGAGGAUAUACAACAUGUACGCCAAACUGUUCAUCGUCUGUGCCUUGGCCGUGGUAGCGCUCGCCCGCGAGUACCCAGCCGGCGUCCACCCAGCCAUUUGCCCCAACUACCCCUUCUGUGACCCGACCACCCUCGCCCGGUUCACCCCUGACGGCCAGCCUAUCCCCGAAUGGGUCUACAACCCCGCCAUCUUACCCGUAGCCCCAGCUGACCCUCAUGCCGCCGCCGCUCGCGAGUACCCGGCUGGAGUGAACCCAGCGACCUGCCCAAAUUACCCAUACUGCUGGUGA